AUGUGACGUCACACACAAAGCCAUCUAUGGUAGUGCCUUUUCAAUUCAAACAGCAUAUAGUACUGAGCGACGGCGGCGGCGGCGGCACACAACCAUCACAAAGAGCAAAAAAUGAACGUGGAACAUGAAGUUACUCUGCUUGUUGAUGAGAUUCGUCGACUGGGCAGCAAAAAUGCAGAUGGGAAGAUCAGCGUCAAAUUUGGAGUCUUGUUUAAUGAUGACCAGUGUGCCAACCUCUUUGAAGCUCUGGUCGGAACACUGAAAGCGGCCAAGCGAAAGAAGGUCAUCACAUUUGACGGGGAGCUGUUACUGCAAGGAGUUCAUGAUAACGUUGAUGUUGUAUUACUGCAGGAUUGAAGUUGACAGCCUUUUCUAAAGCCAAGUUAAAAAGUGCAAAGUCUUUUUGAGAUGCCACUGCUUCAGUGAGAGCAUUUUGAUAUGGAAAUACUGUAUACUUGAGAAUGUUACAUUUUUUGUAUACUACAUUGGAAAUAUUUUUAUACAGCAAUAUUUCUCUCAGGAGAGUCAUUUGCACAAUGAUUUUGAAAGGUAGCAAUCUUCCCUGUUCAAACACCUCAACAGCCAUCAUUAAAAUAUAUUAUAACAGUUA